AUGAAUUUGAGGCAUCUCAAUCUUUCUGAUACUUACUUUCUAGGGAAAAUCCCAACGGAAAUCGCAUACCUUUCCAAUUUGGUUUCACUUGAUCUUUCUGUGUAUGGAUUACAACUUGAUGAGAGAACAUUUGAAACAAUGCUUCACAACUUCACAAAUUUGGAGCUACUUUCUCUCUUUAAUGUCAACAUCUCAUCUCCGAUACCUGUGAAUAUUUCUUCCUCCUUAAGGUACCUGGAUCUUGGUUAUACUAAUCUGCGAGGUGUUCUCACAGAGAGCUUUUUCCUUCCACCAAACAGCUUGGAAACGCUCAAAUUGAGUGGUAAUCAUCUUCUCAAAGGAGUUUCUCCAAAGAUCCACCGGAGCAACACUCUGUUAAUGGAGUUGGAUAUUUCAUCCACAGGCAUCUCUGGUGAGCUGCCUCAUUCAAUUGGCACCUUCAGUUCCUUGAAUCACUUGAACCUCUAUGGAUGUCAAUUCUCUGGUUCCAUUCCUGAUUCCAUAGGCAACCUAACACAAAUUACGGAGUUGGAUUUAUCUCUUAAUCAUUUCACUGGCCAUAUUCCUUCCACAAUCUCUAAAUUGAAGCAUCUCACAAUUUUUGGUCUUACGUCCAAUUCCUUUUCAGGUGAAAUUCCUGAUGUUUUCUCUAACCUCCAAAAGCUACGUUAUAUAGAUUUUUUUAAUAACAGCUUCAACGGUCCAUUUCCCGCUUCAAUUUUAAGUUUGACACAUCUUGAAUACUUAGGAUUGUCGAGUAAUUCCCUAUCUAGCCCACUGCCUAGCAAAGAAAGCAUGCUUCAAAAGCUAUCCGAACUGGAUUUGUCUGACAACUUGCUGAAUGGUACCAUACCAUCUUGGGUGUUUAACAUCCCUUUGGUAGAUUCAUUGUGGCUCCAUAAUAAUCAAUUUAGCGGACUAGCUAAUGAGAUCAAAACAAACCCAACAUUACAACUCCUGUAUUUAAAUAAUAAUCAACUCUGCAGUUCUUUUCCUCAAUCAUUUGUGAAUCUCACAAACCUUUCUACCCUUGACCUUUCAUCAAAUAACAUCACCAUUGAUGAGGGAAUAAAUAUCACCUUUCCUAGACUAGAAUUUUUGCUCUUAUCAUCUUGUGAACUGAAGGAUUUUCCGCACUUCUUGAGAAAUGUAAAGACAAUUCAGUACUUGGAUAUUUCUAACAAUAAGAUUUGUGGUCAAAUCCCUAACUGGUUUAGCGGGUCCCUAGCUUUAUCCAUUUGUAACAUGAGUUCGCUUAUCUUAUUAGAUUUAUCACAAAACUACUUCAGUGACUCAGUUCCACAUUGCUUGGGAAGCAUGGCUAGUCUAACGGUGCUAGACUUAAGAAGGAACAAUUUCACAGGGAGUCUUCCACCAUUUUGUGCACAGAGCACUUCAUUGAGUACCAUUGUCGUAAAUGGUAAUCGAUUUGAAGGACCUGUUCCUGUGUCGUUGCUCAAUUGUAAUGGUCUAGAAAUCCUUGAUGUGGGGAACAAUGCUAUAAAUGACAUGUAUCCAGCUUGGCUCGGAAUUCUUCAAGAGCUGCAGGUCCUUAUAUUAAAGUCAAACAAGUUCCAUGGACCUAUAAGUACGUGUCAGACUAAGUUUUGCUUUCCCAAGUUGCGAAUUUUUGACAUUUCUCUUAAUGAUUUCAGUGGCUCACUUCCUGCAAAAGUUUUUGGAAACUUCAAGGCAAUGAUCAAAUUAGAUGACGAAGACACAAAAGAGAUCAAGUACACGAAACCAUCUGAGAAGUCAAUAUACAUAUCGUAUGAGGAUUCAGUGAGCUUGGUAAUCAAAGGGCAGGAUAUUGAGCUACAAAGAAUCAGCACAAUUAUGACAACCAUAGAUCUCUCAAGCAACCAUUUUGAAGGUGCCAUUCCGAAAACACUAAAGGAUCUCCGCUCAUUUUGGCUACUCAAUUUAUCCCAUAACAAUCUCAAAGGAGAUAUUCCAAGUGAACUUGGAAAAUUGAAUAUGCUUGAAGCUUUAGAUCUCUCUUGGAAUCGACUCACUGGAAAGAUUCCACAGGAAUUGACAAGAAUGAACUUUCUGGAGUUCUUAAACCUCUCUCAAAAUCAUCUCGUCGGACCAAUUCCUCAAGAUUCACAAUUCAACACAUUUGAAAAUGACUCGUAUGGCGGCAACCUUGAUUUAUGCGGCCUUCCUUUAUCAAAGCAAUGUGGAACGAGUGAUUCAUCACAUGUUCCUCAACCAUUGGAGUCUGAAGAAGAUGAAGGCGAGUCAUAUUUUUUUAGUGGAUUUACGUGGAAAUCAGUAGUCAUAGGCUACAGUUUUGGACUAGUUGUUGGAACUGUCAUGUGGAGCCUCAUGUUUAAAUAUCGUAAGCCAAAAUGCAAUAUAAUUUGGAAAGGGGGUAGAGCUGAGGAUGCACCGCCUGCGAGUUGGGCAUGUUUUGAAGAGGUUUUCUUGGGGCGUUUCUUUCCCCGAGAAUUGAAAAAGGCUAAGGUACUUGAGUUCCUCACACUUAAGUGGGAUUCUCUAAGCGUUCAUGAGUAUGGGUUGAAAUUCACCCAACUGUCUCGCUAUGCCUCGGAAAUGGUUGCGAACAUGAGGAGUAGGAUGAGUCUGUUUGUUGCUGGGUUAUUUCGCCUAUCGAACAAAGAGGGUCGGGCAGCAAUGCUUAUUAGGGACAUGGACAUUUCGAGGUUGAUGGUCUAUGUGCAACAAGUAGAGGAAGAGAAGUUAAGGGAUAGGGAGGAAUUCAAGAACAAAAGGGCUAAGACAGGGAAUGAGUCCGGGCUGCAGAAAAGUAAUGCCAACCAGACAUCCUUCCAAUAG